UCAGCCUCUCCCAUCCUCGGAGACAGCCGCCAGCACUCCGAGACGCGCUCUGCAAGAGGAACGAUGAAGCUGUUGGCACUGCUGAUCCUGGUCGGCGCGGCGGCCGCCGGUCGCCUGGAGAACACAUACCUCCCUCCGUCGUCGGCGGCGACAGCAGGGGGCGCCCCGGGCUCCAUCUCCGCUCCCUUCGGCGGCUCCGGAGCUCCCGGAUUCCCGAAACCCAGCAGGUUCCCCGGAUCCGGAGCUGGCUCGUAUCCUGGAGCCGGAGCUGGCUCGUAUCCUGGAGCUGGAGCCGGGUCGUUCCCCGGAUCCGGAUCUGGGUCGUACCCUGGAGCCGGAGCUGGAUCGUACCCUGGAGCCGGAGCCGGGUCGUUCCCCGGAUCCGGAGCUGGGUCGUACCCUGGAGCCGGAGCUGGCUCUUAUCCCGGAGCCGGAGCUGGAUCAUACCCCGGAGCCGGAGCUGGGUCGUACCCCGGAGCUGGAUCUGGAUCCUACCCCGGAGCUGGAGCUGGCUCUUAUCCCGGAGCCGGAGCCGGGUCGUACCCCGGAGCCGGAGCCGGAGCCGGAGCCGGAGCCGGACCGUUCCGCAGACCUGGGCCCGUCGGGCCGGUCGGGCCGCAGGUGCCCAUCUUGAGAUACGACAACAGCCCCAAUGCUGGUGAUGGCAGCUACUCUUACAGCUACGAGACCGCCAACGGCAUCGCGGCCGGCGAGGCGGGAGUGCUGAAGAACGCCGGCGUGCCCGGAGCCGAGGCAGAGGCCGUUCAGGGCUCCUACACCUACACCGACAACGAGGGAAACACCUUCACCGUCUCCUACACCGCCGACGAGAACGGCUUCCAGCCGCAGGGCGCCCACCUGCCCACCCCGCCGCCCAUCCCGGAGGCCAUCCUCAGGUCGCUGGAGCAGAACGCCGCUGAGGAGGCGGCGGCCGCACGCUACCCCGGAGCCGGAUUCCCCGGAGCUGGCUCUCCCGGAGCUGGAUUCCCCGGAGCUGGUGCUCCCGGAGCCAAGUACGGCGUUCCCGGAGCGGGUUUCCCCGGAACUGUAUUCCCCGGAGCCGGAUCACCCGGUGCUGGAUUCCCCGGAGCUGGUGCUCCCGGAGCCAAGUACGGCGUUCCCGGAGCGGGUUUCCCCGGAACUGGAUUCCCCGGAGCCGGAUCGCCCGGAGCUGGAUUCCCUGGAGCGGGCUCGCCCGGAGCCAAGUACGGCGUUCCAGGCGCUGGGUUCCCAGGAGCCGGUGCACCCGGAGCCGGAUUCCCCGGAGCUGGGCAGUACCGCCCCCAAGUGUCUUCCUUCAAGCGGCCAACCCCCACCCUGCCGGGCUUCAACCCCCAGAGCGGCUACUCCUACCCCAAACCCGGCAAAUAAACAUCCUUGAUUCCACCCGUUGCAGAUACCUUCCCUAACCCUACCGAGACCACAGCACCGCCCACGGAACGCGAUCGAUGACGAAUGGUGCUACCGACUAACACGCAGAUCUAUUAUAUGUAUUUAUUUUGUAUUUUUUUAAUAACGUCUGUACAACUUUUGCAUUACACUACUGCGGCAUUAGCUUAGUAUUCGCUGGCUGGGAGCUCGAAACGUUCCAGCGAGUGUUUUGUGUGCCUUAGGUACAAAAGUAGAUUCAUACGGUGAACUUCGUUUGAACGAGAAGUUUGCAUUUGUUGUGAUGUGUUUUUGUACGAAAAAAAAGAAGCAAAAUAAAAAUUGCCUAAAACAA